AGCAGCUGUGUGUGGGGGCAGAAGGAAACAGUUUCUUUUUGAAGAUUAUUAAUAACAUAAUAUAAUCAUUUAUUUCGAAUAAUGAAGGAACUCUCCCUCGACACCUUGCUGCUGUCUUUUGCACAUUUAUGGCUCCUCUGUUUUCUGGACGGGGCGCGCGCUCAGGAGGCUGCAGGUAAUGACGAUGCGCUCCAGCGGAGGUUGACAUGGCAACAUAACGGGCAGGUUUUUAGCAUCCUGAGUCACGGCGCUCAGUACCGGCCGUCCGGCAGGAGGCAAACCGUGUUGCCUCGCCGCAAUAACCCUGUGAUUGUUGUCAGCAGUGGUAACGACACGGUCCCUGCCGUGUCCCGGGGCUCCCCACGGGUCCCCGCCACCAGUAGUGCUGCGCAAUUGCGCGCAUUGAUACGUCAGCAGCAACGGUCGCCGCAGCCGCCGCCCGGCAGCGAGGGAGACUCUGCCACGGUCAGACGGGAGGAUAUGAUGGUCGGAGAUGAUCCGUACGACCCAUACAAAGCUUCUAACUAUUAUCCCUAUUAUAACUACUAUAACUCCUACUAUAGACCCAGACCCAGGACUCAGCCCCGACACGGAUACGGCACCAGCUACCACCAGAACGGUCUCCCUGAUCUGGUUCCUGAUCCAUACUACAUCCAGAUCGCCACCUACGUCCAGAGAGUACCCAUGUACAACCUCCGCUGUGCUGCUGAGGAGAACUGCCUCGCCUCUUCCUCUACUUACUCUCAGGAUUAUGACACCAGAGUUUUGUUGAGGUUUCCUCAAAGGGUGAAGAACCAGGGAACAGCUGACUUCCUGCCCAGUAAACCUCGAUAUGCCUGGGAGUGGCACAGCUGUCAUAAUCACUUCCACAGCAUGGACGAGUUCAGCCUGUAUGAGCUGCUGGACCCCCACUCUCAGAGGCAGGUCGCCGAGGGUCACAAGGCAAGCUUUUGUCUGGAGGACACUUCCUGUGACCCGGGAUACUACCGCCGCUUCGCCUGCACCUCACACACUCAGGGUUUGAGUCCAGGUUGUUAUGACACCUACAACGCUGACAUUGACUGCCAGUGGAUCGACAUCACUGACGUCACCCCUGGAAAAUACAUCCUCAAGGUGACUGUAAACCCCAGGCAGCAGGUUCCAGAAUCCAACUUUAAUAACAACGUGGUUCGUUGUGAUGUCCAGUACACCGGCACUGCUGCUCACGUCUCUGGAUGCACCAUGACAUCCUACUGAGAUGAAUUCUGCAAACAGGCAACGCUACAGAAGAAUAAAGCUCAAAGUUACAUGUGACUUAAAUAAUUCAAUUAUAACCUGAUUAGAGUAAAAACAGGCCGGGUUCUUUUAGUCUAAAUGAAGCCUGAUUUAAAGUUUUUCAAAUUAUUGAGGCAAAUAUUCAUGUUAGAAUUAAUGGAUGUGGGUUAAUGCUCCAGGAUUAAGUACAUUUACUCUUUACUUUUUGAAACCUUAGUAAGUUUAGAGCUUCUAGAUUGGGGUGCACCAGCUAUUUGUAAAUCCAUGACUAAGUUUGUGUUUAAAGUCUCUAAGAGCGUAAUAAAUACUAACUAGUUUCAAAUCACUGAUUUAACAUUUGAGGUAAGAAAUGUCUUGUCUAGUAAUGACUUUAGUGAUUUGUAAAUCUUUGCUAGGAACCAUCUGUAGCAGCAUCCAAUCAAAGUGAUCUAUGCAAACUGUAAAAUCACCAGCUGUAACUUAACUUUCAGUAUAAGGGGGGCAAACAUAUUAAAAUUUCCUGUCAGUCUGUUGUAAAUGUAGGUAUAUCUGCUUUAUUUAUAUCCAUAUUCAUCAUUUAAGGGGCAAGGCCAUUAGUGUUGUAAUUUUUGGAGGUCACACAGUUCAAAUAACAGAGUUGUGAAGCCAUCAGAUAACACAAUGAUUUUAAGUCCACAGAUAUAAUGAUUGGGCCAACAAAGCAUCUUGUGCUUUGAUUUUUGUAUAAUGGGCUGCUCAAGCAGAUCACAUAGUGAUUUCUACCGACGUUCUCGAUUAGUCAAAUUGAUCAAACUUUCUUAUCUCAGCUCAGUCGACGUCAGAAGUUCAGUCAGUCACAGCUUUACAGCGUGGGCACAGAAAGAUCUCUAUUAGUUAAACUAAAUUUUAUUCAUAUAGCUUCAUUGCAUAACAGACAUUAUCUCAUUUCACUUAAGUCCCCUGGUUGGCUUGUGCUAGAUUUGUGUCAAAUUCUCAUCAUAAAUAGCCCUGUUGAUUUUGCUCAAUAAGAAUACAGAAUCUCAACAAAAGACUGGUGUCUAAAAACUAUAUUGACAGGAAAGAGGCAGAGGACAUAACUGAGCUGGAGCGGUGCGUGCAGGGCAACAAAUUUUCAUUUAGAAAACACUUUAUAACUAAGCUAAGGGAAGUUUGAAUUUACAAACAGGUGGUGCAACUGAAUCCUGGAAUCUUACUUGAGGAUUUCUACUUUUCUUCCACUUCACUGCAGAGAAAAGUUCCACAUUUAUCUAAAACGCUGGAGUUACUGGUUAAUUACAUUUAAUUUACUUUGCAGAUUUAGUCUUUACAUUAAAUCUAAAAGAUAAGCAGUUUCUGUUUUCCAAAUGGGGGUACAAUUAUGGAAACUGACUGGGUCUAUUUCAUGAGAAACAAUCACAUACAUUGCCAAAAGUCAUAGGGUGGGGUUAAAAGUGAAUUUGUUAGUUAUAAAGCUUUCAGCCUUUAUAUUAUUUGUUUUUCUCUCUUUUGAUUCAGUUUUUUCAUUGUGUAUUUUAUUUUUCAAAAUGCAUCUUGAGAAUAGAAAAUAUUAUUACCUUAAUCUCUGAUCAGUGAGGUGAUAAAACCAUUUAUUAAUGAUCACAGAAUAAUAAUGGUAUCGUCCCAAAUAAAAAAACAGUUAUUUACAUGCAUGUUCUCUCUGGGCUUCCAUAGACUUCUUUUAAACAAUAUAUGAUAUAACUGACAUUUUUAUGCUAAUUUAAUGUUUAAAAAUGAGAAAUUGCACAAUGACAAUUUCUCAGAGAAAACUGACCCCAACAGUUUCUGUUUUAAACUUCCUGUAAGGAAUGUAAUUCAUGAAUAGUGUUUUUCUCUUCAUUAUUUGUCUUGUAGAGUAGAUCUUUGUGUUUUGGUGCUAAAGGUCUUUUUCACUUUGUGACAUUUUCUGUCCGCAAACUGAAUUUAACCAAAAAUCAGCAGCGGGAUACUAAAUGAGCUGCUGGACUACUGCUGGAAGUCACACUUACUAAUGUGUGUGUUUCUGUUGGUGAACAUUGUAACCUUGGUUCUCUGACUGUGCCCCAGUCUGAGAACCAAGAGAGGUAUCUCUCCACACACUUGCAUUUUCCAUAUUGACCCCAUUGAGGAAAUUGAUGUGAAUACCUCUUUAAGCCACACCAUUAAGUGUCCCAUGCAUUCACUGAUUAUCAGCGAUUUGAACGGUUUCAACGGCCUUGUCUCAAAGAGACUGUCUCUCCACACAGUAAUUCCAUAUGUACGGGAACUCUGUAAGACCCACCUAGAGUAGCUCCUCAAGUACUCCCAAGGAUCCCUGACCCUGGUUUUCAAAUGAAAAGUCCCUACCACCAGAGUGCUCUAAACAGUGCAUGUCAAAACAAACCCCCCCUGUGAAACUCACAUUUGUUGGCCAUUGACACUGCCAGGUGUGUCACUGGCCCAUAGCCUUAGGCCCCAACCACACUACUCCGUUUUAGUUUAUGGAGUAAAUGGAGAAUUAAAACGAAUAAGAUCUCCGUCCACACCAGUGUUUUAGCUGCGUAUCAGAGCUAAUCUCCGUCUACAUUACAACGACUGAAAACGAACAUCUAUUGGCCGUUCAGGUACACUGGGCAUAUGCGUGCCGGUGUAAACAUGAAGCAGAUGGUCAGUAGUUAGACUACAGAAGAUUUGACAAAAGAAUAAAGAAAUGCAGACAAAGAAUCAGACCAGAUUUUUUUUGCAUGCACCAAUAAUGAGAUGGGACUGUUUCUGAAUGUAACACGGGACAUUGGUGGCGGGAAACAUACUGGGAGUCGUUGCAAAGUAAACAGCGACAUGCACAGUAGCCUACAAUUUUAGGCAGAUAGGCCUAAUUGGUAUUUGCACGUACAGAAUAUUUUAAUAAAAAUACCAACUCAAAAACUCUGUUAGUAGCAUCGUGUUUCUGCUUUGCAUGACUUAUAAGACCCAAUCAGAGAGCCGAGCGUGAGCGUCUGCGUCAUCAUUUCUAAAUUCCUCCGUUUUUGACUGUCUUUACUAAAACGCCCUCCGGAGUUCCGAAAUGCAAAACGGGGUCGGCAACGUUUCCAAACUCCUCCGUUUUAGGUCUUUUUAGUCUGGACGGGAGGUGCAAACGUAACAAAAGGUCUCCGUUUUAAUUUGAAAACGCAUUAGUGUGGAUGGGGUCUUAAACAUGGCCAACAUUGCAAAGGUUUGGUGUGAAAGGAUAGAGGCCGUUCAGAUGGCCUGCACACAGCUAGGCCAACUGACAAGAAUACAAGACAUCUUGAUUAGCAUAUAGCAGCCGCACAAAUGUCAGAGGGGCUGGCGCCCUGCCACAAGGCCCAGGAUGUUUGGAAUGUGCCCUCAUUCCUACUCCCACCGGAGCGUCAGUACUAUUGUGCUCCUGCUGAAUUGUCUCUACAACCCAAUGACAUAACCUACUUUUAGAUACUGGCCAAGGCACUGGGUAAACAACCAGCUGGUCUUUUUCCUGAAUGCCUCUGUUCGUUGAAUGUAGACCUAAGGGCUCUGACUGGGCAUAUCCUGGAUCCCUCUUGAAACUCCUCACCCUCUCCCUUGGUGGGGCAGAGGGAUUGCAGCUCCACCAAAAGAUUCAGGUGAAAGUCUAGACAAAAAAUCGGCAUGGGAAGUUUUGGCCCAGGUGGCCCACCACAAUCGGAUGGACACCCCGCACCUAUAAACCAUCUAUGCUGUCCCCAUAAAUAUGUGUACCUACUGUAAUAUUCCCCCAAACUACUGUAAAGCUGAGUAGUAAGUUCUGUAGAUAAGUGUACCAGUGCAAGUGGAUCAGCGUACACAUUCACUUUUUACUGGUGAUCAGAGGUGGCCAUGAAGUACACAACUAAUACCCAAGUAGAAGUAAUUACAAGUAAGUAAUUGUCAAAGAGAAGAAACUCUGCUUGGAGUCACAGUAUCAUUUCCAAUUAGUAUUAGGUCCAGAAUUGUUGGAAUUCCCUAACAAAGCUGCAUAGUUUCAACAAAAAUAUACUGGGAAUGAGCAAAUAGCUGUUUAUUCAAUUAAUGGAUAGAUUUACCAGUUUUAUUAAGCGAUGUGAUUGGGCUGCCCACUGUCAGCGUAGAAAAUAACCCAAUGGGCCAUUACCUUUCCCUACUUUCUGGUCCAGUUGUUGGCCCAUUUUUACAUUUGUUUUUUACAAUUAAUAAAUAAAUGAAUUUAUAUUAUACCUGUCCACUAAGCAAAUGCCCAGUAUGCCAGAUAACCAGUCCAGCCCUGCUGCACAGUGUAAGCCUCUGAGAACCUUUCAGGAACUGUGAGAUUAAGCUGCAGUCACCCUUAGCCAGCAUAUUACCCCCCAAUAUGGUGAUUGCUGUUAAACCCCAAGGGUUGAACGUAAUUUACUUCCCUCAAGUAGCCCCUGCAGAUACCGGAGCGCCUCUGGAGCUGUGGAAACUCAGUUCGCCCAUUGAUUUAUUUUAAAUUUUCUAGUCCUAUUAUUAUUAUUGUCAAUAUUACCAUCAUUAUUAGUACCAUUAUUCAUUUUCUGUCUGUACCACUACCACUUUACUGUAUUUCUGUCUGCAUAUUAUGUUGGCAUUGCCCCCAACCAGUCAAGGCAGCCCACCCUGAGUCACUGUUGUGUUCUACCACCUAAAAAGGAGUUUUCCUUGCCUGUGUUACCAAGUGCUUGGUCAUGGUGGAAAUGUUGGGUCUCUGUUAAUAAUAUUACAAAAAGUAUGGUCUAAACCCACCCAAUAUGAAACAUUUAAUGAAAUAACUUUUGAUUUGAAUUGGGGCUAUAUAAAUAAAAGAAAACUGAAUUGAAUUUAUGGUGCUUGAGCACUCUGCAUGGUCUGAACCACUGACUGCGCAAGCUCCAUGCCUAAAAGACCACGCUUCUCAGGGGCCAGGCCCAGAGUUUGAGCUCAUGUGGAAAGGGAUUGAAUUGGAUCCCCAGUGCCUGACUCAGAAGGUCCUGGUGAAUACGAUGUUCCGAUGGCCACCCAUCCAAGAGAGGUGUCACCCCUGAGAAGCAUGUCAUGUGAGGCUAGUUCUGGGCCACCAGGAUCAACCUAACCUGGUCAGAAGGAGACUGAAUAGACAGAAAGGGUACAACAGCCCCUGAGACCAUUGGUGUGCUAUAGCACUGCUGCCAGCAUGCUGUCCAUUUUUACAAGCAGUUGAUGAUGGCCCUUCAGACUGCAAGGUGCAGAAGGGCUUGAUAUUCUAGCUCUUCCAGGACCAAUUUAAGCCCCUACUGGUGCCCUUGCCAUCAUGGAUUGCAUCCAAUCCCACCAGGGAUGCAAUCACAGAGACUACCUGGCGAUGCAGUACUGGACCGAACAUAGUUCCUUUGGAUAUGUCGGCUGGGGUUUUCCCACAACACACACAGCCUCUUGGUGAGCAGCACUGUGGCCUGCAGGUGUCUCUAUAGGCAAGGUCCCAGGCGCAAGAGAUCCCUUUGAACCAGACACAUGUGCACAAGAGCCAGUGGCACCACUUGUGCUUACGCUGCCAUAAGGCCCAGGGAUAGACAAAGCCUCCAAGUAACCAUGGUUCCCAGCCGAAAAUGAGUAAAACUGAUUUUGAGGGAUUCCUGCCUCUUGAGUCAGUGUUACAAACACAGCCCUAAUAUCCAACCACAUGCCUAGAAACAGGUUGAUGACGUUGAUGCACAGUCCCAUCCUCCGGAUGUGUGCCAAUAGCACCAAUGUAUGGCGAUGACACUGUCUGAGCACAUAUCAACCAAUUGUUGCGGGUUCAGGAUCCUACUGUUGCAGAGGCCCCAGCACCACAUCUAUACAUCUGAUGAAGGUGCUGGGAGAUAGUGAGAUGCUGAACAGGACAACACAGUACCAUUCAGCAACGGUAAGACUUAUUUUUCUAAUCUUUCUUCCAAACUUGAAGUUGAUAGUCACGUCUCCUACUAUAGUAAAAGUCAGUGAAUCAGUGAAUACAUGCACACCUCUGCCUUAUAAGCCUGAGCAUGGGCCACAUAUGUGGUAUUUCUUAAAGAAGUAUUCAUGUCACCUGUCUGUUCUCGUACAACUUUGUGGUGAGAUAAUCUCGAUAUGAUAGAGAACACUGUAUAGGGUGUUUAUACAGAGUGCACAGUGUGUUUACUUAUACUUGACAACCUGUAACCACACAUACCUGCAGAGCUGUAUAUAAGCAAGCUCACAUCUCAUGUUAUAAACCUGCAUUAUUGCUUCCUAUUACGUUAAUAAAGCUUGCUUGAAUG